CAGAUCAUCUGAACAAAAGGGUUUCAAGCCGGCAGGCUCAACACCUCAAGAUGAAGCUGUUGCACUUUUUCCUGCCAGUUCUGGCCCUGUUUACGCUGUCAGUGGCGCAGAGCAAUGACACGCUCUCAUCGCUGGCCGAUGUGCCUGCUUGUGCUCAAUUAUGCGGCUUCAUGGCCUUGGCCAACUCGUACUGCGUAAAUGUACCCCUGGAUCGUAUGAGCGAAUGCACAUGCAACAACCCAGAAAUGGGCGCCGAGACGACCAAGUGCGUGGUCGAAAAGUGUACCGUCAAGGAGUCGCUGGCCGCCCUCCGCUUCUCCAAGUUAUCGUGCGGCGAGCAACCGCGAGACGACCGCCACGUCUACUAUUUUGUCACCAUAUUCUUCGCCGUCAUGUCGAGCGCCCUCGUCGUCGCCCGUCUCGUCUAUAAAGUUGUGACCUUUGGGUGGUUGGAGCUGGGGCUGGAUGAUCUCUUCAUCUCCCUUACGAUAAUCACGGGCGUCAUCCCCAGCGCCAUCAUCACCACCCACGGAGCUUUGCCCAACGGGCUGGGGGUGGAUAUAUGGGCGGUGCCGGUGGACAACAUUUACACGUUUUUAAAAUUCCACUUUGUGGUCAGCAUCAUUUACUUUUUGCAGGUUGGCCUGCUCAAAAUGUCGCUGCUCUUCUUCUACAUGCGCAUCUUCCCGGCCAAAGAGAUACAGCGCGUGCUCUGGGGCACGGUGGCCUUUAACGCGGCCAUCACCAUCAACUUUGUGCUCAUGAACGCCCUGCAGUGCGCUCCGAACCCUCAGCUUUUUUGGACGGCGUGGGACGGCGAGCCUCAGCACCAGGGCAGUUGCAACUUGAGCUUUACCGACGUGAGUCUGGGCAGCGCGGCCUUUAGCAUCGCCAUUGACGUGUGGAUGCUUGCCGUGCCGAUGUGGGAGCUGAGGAAACUGCAGCUGCACUGGACCAAGAAGCUCGGGGUGGCCAUUAUGUUUGCCACGGGGACAUUCUUCACCGUCCUCAGCUGCAUCCGCCUCCGCAUCCUCGCCGACGUCACGCGCACCCUCGAAAACGUCACGUACGACCAGCUCGAGAUCUCCAUCUGGUCCUGCGUCGAGAUCACCGUGGGCAUAAUCUGCGCCUGCAUGCCCACCAUGCGGCUCCUCAUCGUGCGAGUGUUCCCGUCGCUUUCGGGCUCCACCGCCCGCAGCUACGCCGUCAACAGCCGCAGCGACGCCGCCAAGUCCGCCUACGCCCGCGCCAGCAGCCGGCGCCAGAGCCACGUUCUCGGCAGCGCCAACGGUGGCCACGACGCCGACGACCUCUCGGGCCCGCCGCCUUUUCCGCUGCGAACCCUGACUUCGGGCACCACCAUCGGCCACGUCAGGUCCAUGUCGCCCACCUCGUCCAUCCCCCCGGGUGCCAUCAGGAUGGAGAAGGACUACUCGGUCGUGUCGACGCCGCAGGUCCCGCCUGUUGUUGCUGUUGGUCGGAGCAGCUUGCCGACCGACUCGGAUGAUGACCAGACCAGGCUUGUCAUCAUGGGAAACAAUGACUUGUCAAAGUCGGCGUCGGUGAGGAGUUCUACCAAUGCGAACCGGAAAUAA